AUAAGUUGAAACAGGAAGAGAAAGCCUGUUUUAAUGAUAACGUUUCUGUUGAAAUUUUAAUUUCGUAUUCAUACAGCAGAAACAAAAUUGAGUUUAAAUUUUUAGGACAAUAAGAGAGUAUUACCUUUCUCAAUUACAAUAAUAAAAGUGAAGUAUAAACAAACAUGUGGAUUCCAAUAGUAAAUAAUACUAUAAGAAAUAAGGAAUUAGAUGGAUAUAGCAGUACAAGUGAUGAGGAGUUUAAUGUGAAUGAUAUAACAAUAAAAGAGCUAGAAAAAAAGACCUUGAUUAGUCGCCAUGACAAUCCAGAUUCUGAUGAUGGAGCUGGGGAGUUCCAGAUGGAACUAUCAGAACAGCGGAAUGGUAGCUUUGGAAAUGGUCCGGCAUCGCCUACAGAAACUCAGCCAUCAAAAGGCUGGGCAUGGUUCUAUGUCAUCUCGGCUUCCAUUAUGGCCUCUCUGGGUGGGGUACUGUUUGGAUAUGAUAUGGGCAUUAUAUCAGGGGCCAUUCUACAACUUCGAGAUGUAUUUUGCUUGUCGUGUCUAGAUCAAGAGUUAGUGAUCAGUGCAAUGUUAAUGGGAGCAGUUGUAGGAUCCUUGGUUGGAGGAUUUCUCAUAGAUCACUGUGGCAGAAGACUUACUAUUAUUGCCAACUCUGUUGUAUUUCUUGUUGGAGCACUGAUUCUUGGAUUUUCACCAAACUUUGCUAUUUUGGUAGUUGGAAGACUAUUGGUAGGGUUUGCAGUGUCAGUGUCGGCUACUGGGGAGUGUAUCUAUAUCUCAGAAAUUGCACCAGCGAAAAGACGAGGGCUGUUGGUAUCACUGAAUGAGCUUGGAAUCACUCUAGGAUUGCUGUUAGCUUACUUAUGCAACUUCCUGUUUAUCAGCAUCUCUGGAGGAUGGAGAUGGAUGUUUGGGUUGUCUGCUGUACCAGCUGUGGUUCAGGGUAUAGGAAUGUUUUUCCUGCCAAUGAGCCCACGGUUUCUCAUGUUGAAGAAAAAAGAAGAUGAUGCAAUGAAGGUGCUGAAAAAGUUACGAGGAACAAACAAAGUUGACAGUGAGAUCAGCGGCAUCAGAGUGUCUAUUGCUUCUGAAAAGAACAAGAGUUGUACAGAUGUAUGUGGAUCAGAGGAUGGCAUGCGAGGCAGAAUGUUUAUAGGAAUUGGACUAGUCUUCUUUCAACAGUUCACAGGACAGCCCAAUGUGUUAUACUAUGCACCAACUAUAUUUGAAGAGAUUGGUUUCCAUUCAAAUUCAGCAGCUACCCUGGCAACCGUCGGUCUGGGAAUUGUAAAGGUGGUAAUGACUAUUAUUGCUUUGAUCUGUGUAGACAAAUUUGGAAGACGAAAAUUGCUAUAUGUGGGCGCUACGGUAAUGGGAAUCAGUAUAUUCACUCUUGGGAUUGUGUGCCAUUUUGAAAGUGCUUCACUUCCAAACAAAGCUUGUGUUGAUCAUAGCCACUGUCAGAGUGCAACAGAACAUACGCAUGCAUUUGCAACCAAAAUUCCAGAUCUGUCGAAUUCAGAACAUAAAGACAUUAUAUCCACAACUUUAAAAGCUAUUUCCAAAAGAGAUUCAGAAAAUAAUGCAUCAGGCAAUGAUGUUUCAUCACUUUACAAUGAAUCAACUAAUGUGCCUUUAUUAGACCAAAAUACUCAAAAGAAUCACAGUGAUAAUGGAUUUGAUAAUCUGGGAAUAAAUAAUCAUUCCGCCAGUAAUAUCACAAAGGGAGACAAUUCAAACCAUAGUUCGCUGUUUCAAAGAAUAGCUGGUUUUGCUGCCUUAAUGUGCUAUGUUGCUGCAUAUGGAUUUAGUUUUGGGCCAGUUACCUGGUUGGUCUUGAGUGAGAUAUUUCCUGCAGCAGUGAAGGGGCGUGCCAUUGCCAUAGCAACAGUGUUCAACUGGGGAACAAAUCUCAUUGUUACAUUUACAUUCCUUGAUGUGAUGAAUGCCCUCGGUGUUACAUGGACAUUUACAGUGUUUGGAGUGAUCUGUGCAUUUAGUGUGAUGUUUAUUUACUCCUUUGUGCCAGAAACCAAAAACAGUACACUGGAACAAGUCUCUGCUGAAAUGAAAACAAAACCUCCUUUGUUGCGGAUGAGGCAGAACUGUCGUCAGCUGUGCUGCUGUUUUAGCAACAGACAUUCUAUACGUAGCCAUGGCAACUACAGAAGAGUCCAGUCAGAAACAGUCACAUGAUCUUACCUAGCAUUCAGGAUUCUCCUAUAAUAUACUGUUGUUCAGCCAUGACAGCAACUGCAGUAUACGAUAGGUGCAGCUGUGAGCAGACAUUCUGUACGUAUCCAUGGCAGUUACCAAAACAGAAACCGUCACAUAUGACAUCAUCCAUUUAGGAUUCUGCCUUUGUUCAUCCAAGACACACAACACUUGCUGUAAAUACUGAAUUAUUUACCUCCCCUGGUAGACAUUUUUUGUGCUACCAAGGAAACGAUGAUACAUGUACAGUUUACAGUUUUUUUAUUUACAAUUGUAUGAUGAUUGUUUUAAGUCUGAGUCAUUAUCAGUGACACAGUGUCUGUAUUAAUUGUUAGGGCUGAGUGGAAAAUUGUAGCAGCUGCUUAAAGGGAAAGAAGGCCCAGUUACAAGUAGAAUUCAGUUAAAACCUUUUUUUUAUCUUUUAUAAUAGUGAAGAAUUUUGAAAAAUCAGAUGAUUAUUUAAAAAAUUAUGACAGUUUAGAAUUCAAGAAAAUGGCAGAUCAUAUUGGAGAGCCAUCUGGAAAUUAAAACAUAUUAACUGACA